AUGUGUAUGGUUAUAUUUGCUCCGAUUUUUGCCAUCUGUGCUUUUGCAACGUGUGCAGGAUACUAUGGUCACCUCCAAGUUAAAGUGGACUGUGCCGACAGGAGGAGUAACCUCAGCAUCAACAUCGAUUUUGGCUAUCCUUUCAGAUUACAAGAAGUGCAUUUCAAGGCUCCCUUGUGUGAGGCAAAAAGGGAAGAGGUUAUUUUUCUUCAUGGCAACUUUUCCUCAUCUGCUCAGUUUUUCCUGACUGUGGGGGUUUUUGCUUUCCUGUACUCACUGCUGGCAACAAUCGUCUAUGUCUUCUACCAGAACACGUACUUGAGAAACAACAGAGGCCCACUUGUGGAUUUUCUUGUUACAAUCAUCUUCUCCUGCAUGUGGCUGGUUAGCAGUUGCUGUUGGACCAAAACUCUUUCUGAUAUCAAGACAGCCACAACCCCAACACAGGUCCUUCUGCUCAUCUCAGCCUGCAGAUCCCAGGAGAACAAAUGUACAGCCACCCAGGAGUCUCCCUGGUCACAACUUAAUACAUCUGCGGUGUUUGGUUUUGUAAACGUCGUCCUUUGGGCUGGAAAUAUUUGGUUUGUCUUCAAAGAGACGGGCUGGUACAAGACAGGUCAGAGAUAUCCAACCAGGAGUGCUUCUGGGAAACGCACGAGUGAAAUGCGACAGCGACUCUACAGUGGGAGCAGCCUCGAGCAGCCGGAGGAGGCUUUUGGUCCACAACUCGACAGACAAAACAGUUUCAAUCAGCAGGUCAGCAGACAAAGUAGCUUCAACCAGACUCAAGUAAGCUUGAGCUUACCGCACGCAUAUCUUGGCAAACCGGUAGUCUAUGAGAGAGAGAAUGAAGUGGCUUCUCAAGGCCCGAUGAUAUUUGUCAACGAGAUGUGA